GGAGAGGGAAGAAAAGAAGAGCAAAAAGGCUGGAGGGACAUUGAAUUGUGAUGGAAACUUCCUGUUGGCACAGAGCUAGAGAGGUACUCACAAAGCAGCCUGGUGGUGUGUAUAUUGGUAUUUGCAUUUGAGAGACUUUUCCUUCCACUCUUUGAGGUGGAGAAAAGGACUGGGAUCCCUCUUUUCAUUCAGAAAAGAGCUGCACUUUUGCACUGGAUGCUGGAGCAUUAAGAGAACUGGGAUCCAUGCCCUAACAGAGGGGCACAGGGUGAGUUGGGGAAAACUGCAAAAGCCUCCAACAGCAAGGAUGCAUGCAUGCAAAAGUUGCUUUUCCUGGAUUUCUUCUUUUUCUUGGUUCUUCUUUCUCUGAUCUGACAGCCAGGAGGACCUAGCCCCAGAUCUUCUGCAGCUGCAAACAAUCAGUGUGUCAUUGCUCAGUGACCACUUCAAACCAGCAUUUUGCAUUUACAGUCAAAGUGUGGGUCCCCAUUCUGGUCCCUGUCCUAUACAUGCCAACUUGGAAAUAACCGCCACUGAGUUUAAUGGGACCUACACCCAGGUAAACUAGAGCAAGACUGCAGCCUUAAUCUGGAGUGAAAGGAUCAGGAUUUAGACAGGAUACUCUAUAGUUAAGCUCAAUAUGAUCUCCUGGAUGGAGCGACAGGAAGAACCAGAAGUCCCAAAACAGGACUUGGACCAAAGACCAGAAGAAAGGGGAAGCCAAGGAGAUGCCCAUGCAGAGGAGGAGAAGACCAGUGAGGACGAAGACUGGGAAGAGGAAGAAGAGAUCUCAGUUGUCCAUAGUGGUCCUGAAUCUGAAGAUCCCUCAGUGGUUGACUCAGCGGCCCUGGACUGGGAGGAGGCCUAUGAGACCCUCCAAGAUAGUGAUGGCAGCAGCGGUAGCCAUGGUACCAGGGCUAGAGUGGGAAAACCCACUCAGGGGAGGCAUCCCUGGGGCAGUUGUCACAGUCGUCUGGACUAUCACCGUGUGGGGACUGCCUCCCCGAGGUUCUUUGACUGCCCUGACUGUGGGAAACAGUUCACGCUGAGCUCACACCUGAUCCGGCACCAGCGAGUUCAUACGGGGGAGAGACCCUUUGGGUGCCGCUCAUGCACCAAGAGCUUCUCUCAGCGGUCAGACCUGGUGCGCCAUGAACGCACCCACACAGGCAUCAAGCUCUACCGUUGCACUCAGUGCGGCAAGUCUUUUUCAGAGAGUUCCCAUCUCAUCCGCCACCAGAUCAUCCAUUCUGGGGAGAAGCCUUUCCAGUGCAAUGUCUGUGGCAAGCGCUACGGUGACAGCUCCUACCUCACUGUCCACCAGCGGGCCCACACGGGUGCCCGCCCCUACCGCUGUGCCCGCUGUGGCAAAAGUUUUGGCCGGUCCUCCACUCUCAUCCGCCACCAGCGUGUUCAUGGUGACCCAGCCCCUGCCCCUGGGGAUAAGCCACGGCCACGAGGGAUUUGGACAGCAUUUGCCCGCCUACCAGGUGAUGAGGACAGUGACUCGAAACGCAUCCUGUCCCCUCAGAAGUUGCCGACAUCUCCAGGGCCUUCCCUCACAUCCUCCAUCCUGCCACCUGCAGCUCACAUUGACCCAUGUUCCAUGAGAAUUAUGGGGUGGCAGUGGGGGAUGGAGUAAAAUGCAAAACCAUGAGUGGGAGGAGAGGAAAAACAGACAGCAACCAUUUGUCAGAAAGAAAUUAACAAAUGCCUAGGACCGUGAGAUCUGAUGGCCAGGAGGGCAUUGAUUCUCAAGAGAAAGAACUGGUGACUGCUACUAGAGAGACCAAUGGUUACCCUGCUGACCAAAUAACUUAGAUUUUUGUAAGAGUGUACUGAUGCUGACUCUUUGCUGAGACAAUUAUUUGAAAAGUAUAAGGUAUAAAGAUAUGAGUAAGGAAAGUGACCUCCAUGUUUUCAGUCCCCAAAGCUCUCUGCCUUUAUAGGGCCUUCACAACAUUCCUGAAGACAUAUUUUGGUGACUUUUCCCUUCUCUGAUUUGUUUGUGACCAUCUAAUCAGGUUCAUGGGGACAGUGGUUUCAGGUUGGUAGAAACUGUGUGGCCCCUGGACCCUAGGAGGCUGUAAACUGUUGGACAGAGAUAGUUAACAGUUCAUUACAGAUUGGGGCUGGAACCCAGGACAUUGGAAAUUUUGUCCAUUGAUAAUUUUAUGCUUAGGGGAUUGCAGGAGGUUUUGGACUUUUUUCUGUUCUUAUGAGAUGAGAAUAGUAUUUAUUGAUGCUUUAGCCUUCGCGUUUCCUUCCCCCAAGAUUUAUCACCUAGAUUUGUCCAAUUUAAAUUCCAAGUCUAUGACAGGCAACGAUCUUGUUUUCAGCAAAUGCUUAUAAUAUAAAGAGGAUAUCAAUAUUAAAACACAUGCACAUUUGCACAUUUGAGGGGAGCCUGUGGUGGUAUCAGAAAUAUGUAUUAUUGGAAGUAAAACAAAAAAUGAAUGAUUAAAAGAAUUAAUUAGC